AUGCGACAAGAACAUUGUCAAUUGAGUUCAGUACUACUACUGCUACUACUACUAAUCCUCAGCUGGUUGGUUUCAGUCUUGUUGAGCUGUUGCGUAGCUCUCUCCAGGAUGAGCCCACAUAGCAUCUGCGCCCAUUUUAACUUGACAAAAACGCACGUAGUCUCCCGUCCGCUGUAUGGAUUGCAAGGAAAAGUUGCUGUCGUGGCUGUGGUGCUUAGUGUGAUGCACCAGCUUAGCUGGUCGCUGGUGGCAGCAGCGACACCUUCCUGUAGAUGCGGACAUGUGCAAGCAGUUGAUGACGUCUGGACAAAGCUAGGUAGCAGGAUCUGCAUGGAAAUCUGCUGUUUUUGUUCCGCUCAAGUUGGUUUUCGACCGGCCAUUGAGAGCGGACCCGACAUGCAGGACACGGGAGCUGAUACAUAUGGUGCUGCACACGACGGAGGGGAGGAGGCUUUUGAUGACGACAACACGGAAAAUCAGACACUGGUCAGUUUGAAGCGACGCCGUCUCGGUGCUUGCACACCUGCCUUCACAGCUGCGUGUUGUUGCCAUUGCUUCUACGUGUGCCAGUUCCUGAUCUUUCUGGUGAUCUUUCCGCUGUGGACGAAGUGGCUGGUCACAAACCCCAUGCCGACGCAGUACUGGCACGAACGAUACCCCAAGUGGCCUGCCAUUGCUGCCAUUAACGGCCAGGAACUUGCGGCAGAAGGUGGUGGUCGUGGCGCAUCCCAGCACGUGAAUCACGCGAUCCAGAUAUCCCCGCUGCCGAGCAAUGCAGACAGCUGCAACUACUCCUGUUCGUCAUGGCGUGGAUACAGGACAAACGAGAUGAAUUUCAGGGUGAGUCUUACAUUGAAUCACUCCGUGUUGUCGAAGGCCUAUGUCCACACAGUCUACCCUGUACUGCUAGCCUCGGCAGACUUCAAUGAUUGGUGGGUUGUUGCAGACAGGCGACAUGCAUGGCCGUCUCCUUUUUGGCGAGCAUGGUCUGAUGCGGCUGGCCAUGCUUACACGCAUGACACAGACUCCUGCAUUCGACCUCCAGUGGGCGCUGACAUUGCUCAAGCCGACUCUGGCAUGUACAUCUUGGCAUGUUUGGUAUGGAGCCCUGAUGACUUUGCAGAGAUAGAACAACUCCAUGAACUUGAUGAUGCUGCUCUGGGAGCGUACUGCUACAGUGCUGGUGGGGUUUGUGGCUGGACCUGUGACUCGGUGCUGAACGGUAACUUGAUGCAGGGCUGCAGCGCAGACGGCACCAUCCAGAUGACGUCUUCAUCAGUUGCUGGCACGGAGAUCCCAACAGCAAACUUCAAGGGAGCCGUCGAGAUGAAACAGUGCCUUGAAGGACGAAUGCCGGGUGAAUGCGAGACGACCACGGAAAACUUUCAGCACUGGCAAUGUCACGAGUGCAUGUAUGACCCGAGAACCGAGCAGGACAUGCGACGGCUGCAGAUCAUUCCAGGAAUCGGCGGUUUGCCCCCCGGCCUGGGUGAUCCUGAUGGCUCCAUUUCUGGGUUUGGAACAGGAGACACAAGUGGCACAAGUGGCACAUCUUCUUUUGGCGGCGACCCAGACAGCACUGCAAAAACACCAAUUGUUUACACCUCCCUUCCACGAUUCCGUGUGACUGUGAGUGCCAUGCCCAUUCCGGAGGGGACGGAUGUCUUCAGUCAACCACGUGUGUUCAUCUUGCAGUCAUCGCGUGAGAAAGGCAAGUGGCGAAAGCUGUACCAAACCGAGUACACUCAAACCGACCCACCAGUUCCCGUGGACCUUCAUGGCCAGCCACUUGUCAAGCAUCGGAACAAUGAGUAUGACGAGGAGCGGCUGCCCAUCAAGGAUCCUGUGAGCAAGCAUGCAAUGAGGUUGAACCAACUAAACCGUUUAGAGAUUGAUCCCGGUUGGUGCUAUGGUCGGCAGGGGCCAUUGUACCUAGUGGCCUGCGCAGUCAACAGCAGCCUUUAUGAGAAUGGCUUCGAGCGAUUCAAGCCUGGCCAGCAAGCAGCUCCCCCGCCUUUCAACGAUCGCUGCGUUGCCGUCUCCGGUCGCUGCGCACACGUCUGUCAGUCGGAUCAAGAACUUCUGGCAAACUGCACCGAGGAUGGAUACAUCAACGAGUCCGCACUGAUCGGAUUUGUUGGGUAUGAGAAAAAUCAGACGGCUCCUGUUUGGCUCUUCUGCUAUGUGCUUCUGAUCGGCUUCGGCGUGAAGGCAGUCAUGCUUUGCCCGGGUGUGUUUUCGCCAUAUCCGCACUUCCGCCGCUACGAUCCUGAACUUACUGCCCAGUUGCGGUACAUAGUUGUGACCGUCCCAAGUGCAGGCGAGAACAAAUGUACCGUGUUACGCAACAUCGUGGGCGCCAUUGGUUGCAUGCCGAAGGAUUGCCGGUGUCGCUAUCAUGUGGCCUUCGUCGACGAGGGUCACAGGGCAGAGCAAAAGGUAAUGUUCAUGAAGCUUGCGGCCGUAAUUGAAAAGCUACCGAACUUCGGAGGAGCAAGCUAUGAGGAGAAUGUGAGCCGCUUCUUCCAGCAAUGGGUGGAGGACACUAAAAAGAUGGAUCUGGCCAAGCUGAAGGAUGGUUAUCCUGGGGAGAUCGAGCCGGAGAUUCUCGCCCGAAUGAGUGGCAAGAAUGCCUUGCGAAGCCUGAGGAAAGAAGGCGGUUGGAGUUCAAUGCCGCCUCAAGUCAUUGAGCUUCUGGACAUUGCCUUACAGGCUUUGGAGGAGGAUCUUAAAAGCAACAAGAAAGAAAAGAAGGACCUCCACCUGGAUGAUGUGGCCGACUGGGAGCCGCAGGACCGCAACAGCUUGGCGCUCCGCCUGCACUACCUGGCGAGGGCUAAGCCCAUGGAAGAUGAGCGGACCAUCAAGGCGCAGCAUGUGGCCCCAGGAACUUGGUACUACAAGGUCCCCCAGAAUGCCGAGAACCAGGACUGGCUGAGGCUUCGUGCAAAGGCUCGUGAGAUGGUGUAUGGCAUGGAGGAUGAUGACCCCUUCAUGAACAAUGUGCCGCUACGGACCAGCCGUGGAAAGGCGGGCGGGCUGAACUUCUCUGAGAACUACCUGUGCCUCUACGCAGACAAGCCAGAAAACAUGUAUGGAGAUGAGAGGGACAACUUUCCAUGUUUGUACAGCAUUUGCGAUGCAAGGCAUCAGUUCCAAACGGAUUUCUUUCACAGCACCAUUCCAUACUUCUUCGACGAUGAUAUGGAACUCAACCCAUAUGUGGGCUUCACCCAAUGCCCCCAGUUCUUCCACGAGAUGCAGGACAAGCUUGACUAUUUGGACAACAACAAUGCACAGUUCUUCCGGCUGAACUGUAUGAUUCGAAAUUGUUGUGGUGGUGUCAGCUCUUGCGGAACGAACGGCACAUGGAUGAUCAAGCAUCCGCAGGGUGAUUUGGUGUGGGAGAAGGAGCGCAGGCGGGUUCGUGAUGCCGAGAGCAAGCGCAGAAGCCAGGAGUACGUUGAGCGUCGCACGUUCCAUGAGAGCUGCAAGGUCGAAGACACGGCAAGUAGUUUGCAGCAAGUGCUUCGAGGCCGCAGGUCGCAGUUCAUCAACCGCAGGUUGUCCUAUGGCAUGGCGAAGAACCCAAUCGAUUACCUGGCAGCCGUGCAGCGAUGGGCCGAGGGAGGAGUGGUCCUCUCGCUCCAGACGUUCUUCAGCUGCCACAAGGGCGUGUACAUGGUUUGGUUCACCCUGAUCUUCUUCUUCUGCUUCCUUGCAUCGCUCUUCCGCUUGGUCAGCAAGACCGACACCACCUGGGAGAUUGUCAAGUGGGGCUUGCUGGAUGAAGCGCGGUACCAGCAGAUAAUGCAGCCGGUGGUUUCUUGGUUUCGGAAUAUUGAGUUGCUAGCUCACAGCGCCUACUUCGAGCAGCACCCGGAGCUUUUUGAGACCUACAUUACCAUGACGCUUCAGUUCGUCAUCUGGGUCGUCAGCCUGGUCGUGUUCAUAUUCAUGGUCUUCAUAUUCACCGAAGUGCUGAAGUUUAUCCAGCGAGUCUGUGGGCUGAAGGUGCCCAUCAUGUGGCCAGACGAGAUGCGAUGGUGGGGCCGCCUCCUCAUCUCCAUGGACAACCUUACCUACUUCGUUUGGUUCUGGUGCGCCUUCUUCUGGAUUGGCUUCAACUACUACAGCAUUUUCGCCAAGCGGAACUAUCACUUCUCUUCCACUGGCAUGUUUUCUUUCAUGCUGGCCGUGCAAGUUUUGAGCUGGGGCAUGGUCAUUGCUUCAUCAAUGCGCUACACCCUCUCAACGAGCAUGGAGGCCAACGAGGUGAUUGGUUUGUCAAUGGACAACAUUUGGCGAUCCACCCAGCUGUUCUAUAUUUCGGCACCACUUCUGCUGUACUCCAUCAUCAAGGGAACUCAAGACUUCUUGCGCUACGAGCUCUACGGGGAAGACAUCAGCUUCUGGCUUGGUGGCGAUCGUGGAGUCACAUCCACAAACUUGGUCAAGUAUUGGACCCUUCUCCUCAUCCUUGGUGCCAUCGGCGUUUGGAUUUACUACAUCGUCGAAGGGCGCAAGCAUACCGGAGUCCUGUCAGCAGUCAUCAUCGUCACGCUCAUCGCCUUGGAUGUGCUCCACCCGUGCACCUACCUCUGGGUUGGGCGUACCAAAAUGACGCCGGAAAAGUCGGCCAAGUUGACAUGGGGCCAGGCCUUGGCGACCUGGGGAUGGUGGGAACUGAUGAUCGGCAGGCUUAUCCUCAAUGAAACAGUUACAGGGGUCAUGAAGUGGUUGGGCCCUGCGUGGUUUGUGUGUAUGCCGCUUUUGACACUGGUGAUGCCGUACAUUGGUGUGAACCAGGCCUUCAUGAUGAUUGGCGCCGCCAAUCGUUGA